AUGUCUGCUACGUCUGUUGAUGUUGUAAUUGUAGGGGCCGGUCCCUUUGGAAUCAUUGCUGCAAAAACAUAUCUCGAACUCAACCCCACGGCUCUACUAACGAUUCUCGAAACCGACACCUCUUUGGGAGGAGCAUGGAGCAAGACCCGAAUCUAUUCAGGGAUGUACUCACAGUCUCCCCUGGGGAUGAUUGAGUUCAGUGAUGCGCCCAUGAAACCAACGAAGGACCAGUUUCAUGGAUAUGUCCCAGCACAACAUGUCUGUGAGUACCUGGAAGAGUACACAAAAACGCACGUCUACAGCGGCCGUGACAUCGAGAGCCGAAUACGCUUCGACAGCCGUGUCACCAGCAUCAGGAAGGUACGGAAUACAAACUCCGUGAGGAACUCUUGGGUUGUGUGUACCGACAAAGGCGAUGUCAUCACAAGCGACAAGCUUAUGCUCGCAACCGGUAUCACCUCAAAACCAAACAUACCAGUAUUUGAAAAUGAGGGAUUCACACCGCCCAUGCUGCAUACCAAAGAUUUGGCACGUCUAGCACCUUCGUUCGUGGAGUCGGAGGGCAUUCGGAAUGUGGUAGUGCUAGGAGGAUCAAAGUCUGCAUUCGAUGCGGUUCACAUGUUUCUGUCAGCGGGGAAGAACUUGCAGUGGAUCAUCAGAGAUAAGGGUUCUGGGCCAGCGGGGAUGAGUGCGCCUGAUAGUGCGCCGGUGUAUUAUGAUAAUGCGCAUCAGAUAUUGGCAACUAGGUUGAUGUCGAAACUGAGUCCAUGUAUUUUUGAGCCGAGGGACUCAUGGAUGAAGUUCUUUCAUCAGACGAAAGUGGGAAGAUGGAUUACAGACAGGGUGUGGAGUAGCAUGCAGUCGAGGUGGAUAAGAGCGGCCAAGUAUGAGCGAAGUGAUAACAUGAAUAGACUGAGACCCCAGCUUCCGAUAUUUUGGAGUUCCGACAAUGUCGGCGUCUCUAAUACGCCCGGUUUCUGGGACACAAUUUCAUGCGCCAAAGUACACCGAACGUCAAUAUCAAAGCUAGUCGAUUCAUCUAUCCUCCUCCAAAAUGGUGGAUCUCUCCCUUGUGACCUCCUUGUAAUGUCUACAGGAUGGGACAUAACCUUCCCCUUCUUCACCCCUGAGGAUUCCGCCGCCCUGGGUCUUCCAGUGCCGAUAUCCUUCCAGUCCAUGGUCGAUGCCAAGAAAUGGGAGCAUCUUGAAGCUGCUGCCGACGAGAAGAUCAUCUCGAUGUUCCCGCGCCUGCGAUCGCCACCAGAUUACUACCGGCAACCGCCAAGCACGACACAAUUCUAUUUAUACCGCGGGAUGGUAUCACCGCACGAGGUGGCAUCGGGCGACAACUCUAUCGUCUUCCUGGGGCAGGUGGGCGCAGCGCAGUCGUUCCAGAUUGCGGAGACGCAGAGUAUCUGGGCUGCUGCGUAUCUGAUGGGGGAUCUGCAGCUGCCUGAUGUGCGUGAGAUUGAGAAUGAUAUCGCACUGACGAAUGUGUGGAGGCGGAGGAGAUAUCUCUCGGUCGGUGAGAGGAAACCGACUUUUAUGCAUGAUGAACUUGCGUAUGUAAGCAUGCUGCUCCGAGACCUCGGCGUAAACCACCUGAGGAAAGGUGGGUGGAGGGAGAUGGUACAGCCGUACUGCAACAAGGACUACCAGGGGAUGCUUGACGAGUAUAUGAGGAUUCGGGCAAAACAGGAGGACUAUAAUAGUAAUAUCAAGCUGAAUAUGGGAGUGUAA